UGUACUUAUUGUAAAAUCCAGAUGAAUGAACUCUGAACUACUGUGUGUGUAGAAACUGACAGGAUUAUAAUCGCUUCUGUCGCCUGUCAAAUGUCAAGUAGAAACCAUGAAUCACGAAAUAGAAAAUGUUUUUUCAAUUGUCAAACAAUCAACUUUAAACCAACCAGAACUUUUUUAAUUUCCAAGCAUUUUAUGUUUUGAUUUAAUAAUAUUCUAAAUUUUGUACUUUGGGUGUUUUGUAAUGAGACUUUAUUGAUUGCCCGAUGAGUUUGUUGCCGUUAGUGCAAACACGUGGUUGUGAUUUAUAUAUUGUGCUUAUUCAAUAUCAUGCUUUGCCCUGAAGUUUGGAAUUUCCCACCACCGAAAGUGGUACGCUCAUACGAAAAAUUUAAAACGUUCGACGCAGUGACCAAAGUUGUAGAACUCAACAAUUUUUAUAAAAGUAUAAUCGUGACCUGUCCAGAUGAAUUGCACACGCCUCAGUUUAUCGAAGACUGCAUAAUAGACGACAGCGAUUACUAUAAAGUCACGAAUUGUCCGUUGACAGAAUUCGUAGAUCCUGUUUUUAUUAAAAAUUUCGUACAUUCCGGUAAAUUAUACAGCUUGAGUACAAAUACAAACUGUAUUACACAAAAUUGUGCAGCUGUUACCCCAGAUGGGAUUCUAACGCUUCACAUUUUAGAAAAUGUUUACCAAACUCUAGGCCUAGAGGGUAAUAAAUGUGCUCACAGGUUUUAUCAAAUUAAAAUCAAUAUGAAGGAAUUAAAAAGCAUUGAUCGAGUGAAAACAGCAUUACAGAAGUUGAAAACAUUUGAUUUGAACAUAUCUUGGGUACCAGAUUCAGAAAAUAUAUGUCCAUCGUCAAUAGCUAAAUACUUUUGUGAUAAAAACUAUCAAGUAUCAACUCAUAGUAUGGCUAUACAAAGAGUGACACCAGAUAUAAAGGUAGUACCUACAUUAGACAGUUCAGAUAUUGAUGAGGUAGUUGAAUGGAUUGGCAUGUUGGCACAUAAUGCAGACUUGGCACCAACGGAGAGUUACAUUAGUACUUAUAGUGAACCUGAAUGUCUUGCACCAAUUAAAACAUCCAGAAUAUCACUUCUUAUAGUCAAAGGGUUCCUAACACCUAACAUUUUAGUAAAUACGUGUAAAUUAUUGGUAGAUUAUGUAAAAUCGAGAAGGUUGGAGCAAUAUUGGGUAUCUGUUAGUAUACAGAGCAUGGAAGAAAGUUUAUGGCAAUGGAACAUCAGUAGUCCUAGAAUAUUUCAAUCGCAGAAUGCGUCUUGUAACAUAUUUUUUACUGAGGACAGUUAUACAAUAUAUUCUGUGGGGCAAUUAAAAUAUUCAUAGAUAUAAUAAUUGUUUAAUUUCC